GUUGCAGCAGUGAUUCCAGCAGUACGUCGAGCGAUGAGUCUCCCGCCAGGUCGGUGCAGUCGGCCGCAGUUCCCGCACCUCCGGUCCAGCCGCUUCUCUCUCUGGACAAGGAUGAACCGCGCAAAAGUUUUGGGAUCAAAGUCCAGAAUCUCCCUGUGCGUUCUACAGAUACAAGCCUUAAGGACGGCCUCUUCCACGAGUUCAAGAAGUACGGAAAGGUGACAUCGGUGCAGAUACACGGGGUAUCUGAAGAGCGAUACGGUCUGGUGUUCUUCCGGCAGCAGGAGGAUCAGGAGAAAGCACUUAAUGCAUCAAAGGGCAAGCUGUUCUUCGGCAUGCAGAUAGAAGUCACGGCCUGGGUCGGCCCGGAAACGGAGAGUGAGAAUGAAUUCCGACCUCUGGACGAGAGAAUAGACGAAUUUCACCCCAAGGCCACGCGGACCCUUUUCAUUGGUAACUUGGAGAAAACCACCACCCACCUGGACCUGCACAACGUGUUCCAGCGCUUCGGAGAGAUUGUGGAUAUCGAUGUGAAGAAGUUGAAUGGGGUUCCUCAGUACGCCUUCCUGCAGUACAGCGAUAUCACCAGUGUCUGCAAAGCCAUUAAGAAGAUGGAUGGAGAGUAUCUGGGGAACAACCGGCUGAAGCUGGGAUUUGGGAAAAGUAUGCCGACCAACUGUGUGUGGAUAGACGGCCUGUCCUCCAGCGUCACUGAACAGUAUUUAACGCGUCAUUUUAACCGUUACGGGCCUGUGCUGAAGGUGGUGUACGACCGCUUUAAAGGCAUGGCCCUGAUUCUCUACAGUGAGAUUGAAUUUGCCCAGGCAGCUGUAAAAGAGACCAAGGGGAGGAAGAUUGGUGGGAAUACCGUUAAGGUGGACUUUGCUAACCAGGAAAGUCAGUUGGCUUUCUAUGGCUCAAUGGAAUCAACGGGACAGGAUAUACGGGAUAUCUACGAAAUAAUAUCGGAAAGAAGAAGUGAUGAUACUCGAAGGGGAUCCUACCAUGAAUUUACUUCUACAGAUAGGACUUAUUAUGAGAGCGUCCGCACAACAACAGGCACCUACCAGGACGAAACCAGACGAGAGUACCCAGCCCGCAGCAGAGAAUUCUACCAAGAAUGGGAGUCCUACCAAGGAGAUUACUACGAACAGCGCUACUACGAUGAAUCCAGAGAAUAUAGAGACUACAGGGAUCCAUAUGAACAGGAUAUACGGGAAUAUAGCUACCGACAGAGGGAAAGGGAGCGAGAACGGGAACGGUUUGAGACGGACCGCGAUAGGGAUAGUGAACGGAGGCAGAUAGAGCGAAGCCAAAGCCCAGCACGCUCAAGGAGACCUCAAAGUCCUGCAGGAUCCCCCUCACAAUCCGAGCGGAUUACAAGUGACCCAGAGCGAAGAAUCUAUAGCCGGUCCUCUGAUCGCAGCGGUAGCUGCAGUUCUGUUUCUCCUUCCAGAUUUGACAAACUGGACAAAGCCCGGGCUGAGCGCUACAUCAAAAGCGAUAAACUCGACAAAGAGCAUACUUUUGAUUCAGAAAGAUCCGAUAAAGAGAAGCGUCUGUUACGGAAAGAAAGGACUGAUAAACUACUGGAAAAAGAUAAAGCAGACCGAGCCAAGCGAAAGUCCAAAAACCAUUCAACAAGUUCUCAGUCUUCAGAAACCGAUCAAGACAAUGAAAAGGAGCCAAGUCUGGAGAAACAAAAAGGGAGCAGCAAGCUGUUGGCCAGAGAGAAGAAUGACAAGGACUCUGCAUCAAAAAACCGGUUGGAUCUCAUGCCUUGUGUGGUCCUUACUCGUGUGAACGAAAAGGAAGGGAAAGUUUUUGAUCCCUCUGGUUUAGAAAAAGUCGUCAAGGCUAAGGCAGACAGCGAAUCCAUGAAGUCUCCGCCUUUGGAUCCGAAGGCUCAGCUGAUGCGUCUUGAGCAGUCCAAAUUUGAGCUAUUGAAAGCGGACUCGAGAAGUAAAGUGCCAAAAGACAAACUGCUCUCUAGCCAUGUUGAAGUUGUUGAUAAAGAAAGCAAACAAAAACUAAAGAAGCACUUAAAGCCGGAAACGCCUACCGAAGGCGCGUCUGCCGCGGACUUGGACAAGCUAGAAGCUCGGAAAAGGAGGUUUGCCGAUGCAAAUUUAAAGUGCGAGCGUCAAAAACUUGACGUUCGCCGAAACAAUGCAGACGAGGAUGACCUUCGCUUGUGCUCAAGGAAACCAUUAGAUCCUGCAUCUUCAAGAGAGUUCGCUCUGCUUCGGGAAGGAGAUUUUGAUAGGAAAAGCUCAAGGAAAGAACUUUUAAAAAGGGAAAGUAGAAAAAGCAAAUCUGAAAGACUUUUCAAUAUCAGUAGCCCUAAAGACAGCCAAGACCACAACCUUUCCAUUCGCUCAAACUCCGAUCUUCAGCUGCGUUUAGGAGAACCAGUAGAUGAACCGUUUGACUCCCCAGAUGCCUCCAGUAAAAAGAUGAACUUCCUGAAGAAUCUUCAAAGACAUGUGCAGAUGGGGGAUGAAAUGGACAAAGAUGCCUUGAAAGAUGAUAGAAAAGCCUAUUCCAGUCUCUUGAGGGAAAGCAUGGGCCUGGAGAGGCCAGAGACUGAAGAAAAGCUUGCAAUCGAUAUAGACUACACACAAAGUUACCGAAAGCAGAUGGAACAAAACCGCAAACUGAAGCAGCAGAUGGAGCUGGAGAUCCUGAAGUCUGAAAAGUUUGGCAGUCCCAGCAAAGAAGCCGAAGAGUAUGAAGGCGUAGCCUUGUGCAUGAAGUCGGCAAACCACCACAGGAUGUCACCGAUGAUUCUCCACCAAGUAAAAAAAAAAAGGCUGACCACACGGACUUCGAAAUCACCAAGCCUGAAAGACAUUACAGAAGCUCCCGACAGAUAAGCGACGAAUCGGAAAGAACUUCUUGUUCUCCAAGUGUUCGUCCGUUCAUGUUUAGUGAGGACGACUUUACAAUUGGCUCUCCGAGGUUACUGCCAAUCAAAGAAUUCAAAGAGUCUCCUCAAGUGGAUGAAAAGAACAUGUUCCCCAGCUUGGGUCUUAAAGAGGAACCCUAUAAAUUGCUAUCCAGCGACUUGGUGAAGAAAGAACAUCUUAGCGAUUUUGCCAAAGCUAAAUUUACCGCUGUGAGCCCUGAAGAGGAGUAUGGCAGAUGGGAUAGCCAAAUCAAACAGGAGAGCAACAGAAUGGACAUUAGCUUUCCUAGCAACAUUAUAUAAAAAGAGAAGGGAUCCGUAAACGCUCCAAGGACCUUGAACCCGGGGAGGUUGCCACAGACUCUGACGAAGAUAGCGAUCAUAAAUCUGCUUCACCGAAAGUGUCUUCAUUACUUGACGGCUCAAGAUUUUCUUUUUUGCUGCGGGAUGGAGACGAUAAACGAGACAAGGAGGAGAGGCUGUCUGGCUCUCUAGAAAGACAUCGCUUCUUAGAUAAGACCAUUACUCCUGACACAAAAGCCUUGCUUGAAAGAGCCAAAUCCCUUUCCUCUUCCCGUGAAGAGAAUUGGUCUUUUUUGGAAUGGGACUCCAAGCUCGCCAGCUUCCGCAGCAAUAAAGAGAGAGAGAAAGUUGAUUCGGCACCGAGGCCCAUACCAUCCUGGUAUAUGAAGAAGAAAAAGAUCAAGACCGAUUCCGAAGGAAAAUCGGAUGAUAAAAAAGAUGAUCACAAGGAAGAGGAACAGGAAAAGCAGGAGCUGUUUGCCUCUCGGUUUCUUCACAGUUCUAUCUUUGAACAAGACUCCAAACGUUUGCAACACCUGGAGCGGAAAGAUGAGGAUAGCGACCUGGGCAUCCUACGUCCUUAUGGGAGGCAGAUCUCUUCUGAUGGCAUCAGCAGCACUCCAGAACUUGUGCAGGAACCAGUCGUACUCUUUCACAGUCGAUUCAUUGAACUGACGAGGAUGCAGCAGAAAGAGAAGGAAAAAGAUCAAAGACCCAAAGAGCAAGAAAAGCCUGAAGAAAAGGAAUAUCAGCCAAAGACGCCCGAGACUGUUCCUGAAAGCAAAGAACGAGAGAACAAGUCUCCCGUGUCUAUUGUGCCAACACCAGCACCAAUUCCUCAGCCAGAACAUGUAGCAGCACCUCCUCCUGAGAAAAUAGUUGUGGAGAAAACACCAUCACCACCUGCUGUUCCAGUGAUCGAAGAAAAGCCAGCUGAGCCUUGUGAGACAGUUGCUGAGGAAACGUCUUCUCCGAAGGUUGUGGCCCCAGUUACCCCUCCAAUCGCUGUCCAUCCACCAACCCCAGUGGAAACUGUUCAAGUUGUCGAUGAGACAAAUGAGACUCCGGCUGUCCCUCCAGUUCCAGAGCAGCUACCAUCUACGGAACACAUUACAUUCGUGGAUACAAAACCGCCAACACCUGGCACUUCAUUUUCAGAAGUCAACACUGACCCCGUCACAGAGAUAAAACCAGUGACGCCAACAACCUCCCCUUCCAAGGCUGAUGACAAGGUUGAAGAAGUUGAGGCCUUUGAAGAAAGCACUCCAGUGUUUACGGGUACAGAGACAGACUCAUGUGAAAAGAACGAAAAUGUUCCAGAGGAAGCAGAGCCGCUUAUUUCUGAAAAUGAUUUGGAAGCAGAGGCUCCCAUCACAGCCAAGAACAAAAAGGCCUCUAAAGGCAAAAGGUCUAGUGCCGCAGAUAAACCAGCAACAAGAAAAAGCGUCAGGAUCGACCGCGAGAAACGCAAUCGUUCUGCUUCUCCUCGCGUUGAGCCCCCAAAGCAUUCGGAAACUAAAGUUGAACAUGACAGGAGCUCAAGGAGCACAGCCAAGUCUCCAAGUGCUGUUCCAGAACCUGAAGUUUCGGAGCUAAGCUUGCCUGUGUCCCGAACACGCAGAAACGUCAGAUCUGUCUAUGCUACCACCGGUGAUAAUGAUGGACCUUCUGCUAAAGAAUCUACCGAUGCUCCUCGAUCCACUCGGAAGAGACCAGAAAAAGAUGUUCAGGAGACUCCAGUUGCUGUACCCAGCACACCAAGGAGAGGACGGCCACCCAAAGUCCGCAAGAAAGCUGUUGGAGAUGUGUCGCCUAUUAAAGCUGAGGCAUUAAAACAAGAUACAGAAGAUACCGAAAGCAAGGAGGUAGUAGAGAAUGCAAAACCAACUGAAGGAUGGCGAUCUCCUCGCUCUCAGAAAUCCUCACAGAGCCAUUCUCCUGUGUCUAGCAACCAUCAGGGUAAAAAGGGUAAAGGUGACCCUAUGCCACAGUCCAUGGAGUGCUCGGGAGAAUCAAACGAAGAAUGCCCUGAAACCACGGCGGCUGCCACUGAAGAGGAGUGCAAGCCAAAACUGGCCAAAGAGGAACUUUCUGAAGUUAACAAUGACUUAAAAGAUAUAGAGAUGGAUAAAACCCCCGUAGAGAAUCCUACUACUGAUGCAGCAGAGAAGAAAAUAUCUAUAGAAAAAGCCCCAAAGUCAAAAGUCGGAAGACCUAAAAAUACAAAGAACCUUCUACGCAUGAAAAGUGUGGAAAUUCGCCUUAAUGCCGAUGAGGUAAAGGGUGCAUUGAGACCGCAUGAAGAUGGUGAGCCAAUGGUGAUAUCUCCUGUCAAAAUCAAAAGCCCUCAAAAGGAAGAUAACUCAUCUCCACCCUUUACAAAGCCAGAAACCACAUCUUUUCCAGAAACGCCUGAAAAAGAACCUGCAAAAGAACCCAAAAUUUCACCUGAAGAGGCCCAGCUGGCCCGACAGAUAGAACUGGAACAGGCUGUGGAAAACAUUGAGAAAAUCACUGAAACGGCCACUAUUCCAUCCUAUAAAGAGCAGCAGGGAGGGGAGGUGGCAGAAUCUCGCCCCGAAGAGGACAGCGAUAAACCUGCACACCAGGCCAGCGAGACAGAACUGGCAGCAGCCAUCGGCUCCAUCAUUUGUGACAUUUCUGCAGACGCUGAAAGCUUCCCUCCAGCUCCACCAUAUCCACCAGGAGAAGCUGAGAUAACACCCGACCCUGCCGCUGUUCCAGCGGCUCCCCAGCAAGAUGACUUGGAGCCCGAGGCCAAUCAGGCAGUCGGUGUCCUUUUACAAGACAACCGUACCCCCAGCUCUGAAGGCGCCCUGCCUGCUCCUGUUUCCUCAUCUCAGGCAGAACCUGUAGUAGACAAAGAACCAGAGUCUUCAAGUAAAGUUCGAGAACCGGUGCGUGUGCCUGAAACAGAGAUGAUUCCGAAGAGGACUCGAGGUCGGGCACCUUCCAAGAAAAACGAAAAACGAAAAACUUACAAGAAGAGUGAGCCGGUAGACACGAACGUGUUUGUUCAUGAAGGUGCAAAAGGCAAAUCCCCCAGAGGAGAGGAAAAGAUCUCAGAUGAAGGACCGAAGGAGCCGUCUGGGGAAAUUCCUGCGGCGCCCAGCCCUGAGAAGCAGAAUCUGGACACAAGCUUGAAUUCCUCAUCUGAUGCGGUCUCCAAGGAUGGCGAUGAAGAAUUUAAAGAUGAAGACAGACCCGAGUCCACCAAUGUGUGCGAUUCACCCCAGCAGCUUAUCAUCGAUGAUGUCAGUCAGGGCAGUUUCAAACUUCGCUCAAGUACUGAGAAUGCCCCGGUUACUCCACCUAGCAUUACUACCCCUCCGGCUCUGCCAGCCACCCCAGGAAAGACUGCACCUUCAUUGCCUGCCUCUCUCCCACAUUCUGCACCAGCCAUCUUACCUGACUGGAUGGUAAGGCAUGACGAAAACACAGCCAUUUCUACCCCACCUCCUGCUUUACCCCCGGACACCAAGGCCUCCGACGUUGACACCAGUUCAAGCACCUUAAGAAAGAUAUUAAUGGAGCCCAAAUACGUAUCUUCACCUGUUAAUACCCCUAGUAUUGUCACGGCCGCCAUCUCUGAGCCCGUGUCCGUCUCGCAUAUUGAAGAACCUACUCAUCCUCAAGUUGAAGCAAUUAAGCCACUUUCAGAAGAAAAAUCAGCAGUUCCGCUCACCAACACGGCAGUCCCACCAGCAGCUGAGGCCCCCGUCUUUCAGGAGAAGGCCACCAUCGUGACCCCCAAGGCUACCUCAGUCAUUAGUAGAAUGCCGCACAGCUUCGAUCAUGAUGACUUGCCGAGAAUCACAUUGGCAAAACAUUCUACACCGCAUCAGCCAGCCCCACCAUGUAUCCCAUCUCAAAAGAGCAAGCAGAGACAGAACACAAACGACUCCCGGGCAUGCUUGAAGCAGACAAUGACUGUUAUAGAAGAUCGACCUGCGGAAACCGGGCCUAGUCCUGGCCUCAGGGUGAACACCUCCCAGGGGGUGAUGCUCCUUAGUUACUCCGGUCAGAAGACGGAAGGCCCCCAACGCAUAAGCGCAAAAAUCAGCCAGAUCCCUCCGGCCAGCGCUGUGGACAUCGAGAUUCAACAGUCGGUGUCAAAGACGCAGAUUAAACAGGAGCCGCUUCAGCCAUCUCAGAUAUUGCCAAAAGGGCCGCAGACACCGACAAGUUACCAACCCUACAACGCCUCCCCCGUUAUCUCUACCAUCAAAGCAGAACGUUCUUGUUUGGAAAAGCCCGAAUCCAGUCACAUCACUGUUCCCAACGCUUCCUCGCAGCCCGCUGGAGUUAAAGUGCUGACCCCGAAUUCGACACCGGUGCUGAUGCACAGUCAGAUACUGUCAGGUCAGAUGGUUUCUUCUGGAAAGAAGCUCUCCGAUCUGAAAGAGUCUAAAGGCCUUCAGUCUACCAAUAUGAGCCCUCACCACUCUUCUCUGUCGGGGAAGAUGCAGCCAGACUCCAAUCAUGUGACCUCUGGAUCCAGUACGUCAGCUGACAGAGCAUUACCACAUCUCAACAUUAAACAAGAGCCUCAUUCUCCGUGUACCACCGGGCACGCCUCAUCUCCCUUCUCCAGGCCCUGUCACCCGAGUGUUACCGCUUCCCCUGCCUUAACUAGCAACCCAUCUGUGAUGCUGGCCCCUGGACUACCAGUGCCACCAUACAUACCCAGCAUGCACCCAGAACAAACUGUUAUCAUGCCCCCGCACAGCGUAUCUCAGUCUGUGUCACUGGGCCACCUACCACAGGGGGAUGUCAGGAUUAACACCCCGCCAUUACCAGCAAUGCAGUACAGCAUGCGACCAGAAGCACUUCACUCCCCCCGAGCAGCUAUGCAGCCUCAGAUGGAUGUGCGACCUCAACGGUCCAACACCCCGCAGCCAGCACCUAUCCGAGAGAUGGUACUGCCCACGUUGUCUUCCCAACAUGGUGCCGAUGAGGAUAUUCACUACCACCAUCCUGUCAGCCGGGGCCCAUCUCACGUGCAGUCCGAUGUGCUGGUGAUGCAACCUGAAUACCGCAUGCCGGGGUCGGGAAUGCGGCUCGAUCCGUACAGCGUCCCCCAAGAUGUCAUAAUACCACGCGAUGUCCGUAUGAUGAUGCAUUCUCAUAUCACCGCUGUGGGAGAACACCACCAGGAGAGCAGGCAGUCCCGAACACCCGAGGGAUCACGGAGCAUGACACCAUCCCAGCGUCAGUCCACCCCCUAUACAAGUCGCUGAUUGCGCCAUUACUAGUGGAAGUAUUAGGAAAUGUACGCUGUAACAAAGCUGUGCGUGCUCAACUUGGAACCCCAGGGUGUCCUGGCCCUAUGGAGCCCACUUCCUCCGCAGUCCAUUCUUUCCUUCCUGGCUUCGGUCUGGGGAUGUGGAUUGUAUUCAGGCGUCUAGUAUCAAGUUCCUGACACGCUUUUUCAUGGAUUUGUUUUCAUGAGGAUCGCCCCCGAUACCGAACAUGUCAAGCAUUCAAACCCCCCGGGACGCAGCAAAACUCCACAAGUCAGCCAGGACCCCAAGGCAGCUCAGGUCAUCCCGUUUGGUGAGCCAGUCUCACCAUGCAGCUUCCUUAGCAAGCCACCCCCCCAGCCAACUGGAGUCCCCCUCAACCAGCACCUCCAGAGGGGCAUCCUGUGGAGCACGUCCGCCAAUGUGAGUCCCGCCCCUAACCCAUAUCCCCCUUCACCAUCAACCUGACUGCAGGACCGACCUUCCCCUCACCAGUCCUCAGAAAACAGACCCCCUUCAUGUCCGCCCUGCCGCUACCCCCUCCCAGAUUCCGACCUUCCCCAACACAAGAGCCCUCCUCAGAGAUCAGUGGACACUGGUGCAGCAGCUGGACGAAAUACCCGAUAGUGUGGCAAGGUCUCCCUCGCUCGACUGAAAGAACGACACGGCUGCUGUCCAGUUGCACUUUGUAUCCGGGAAUAACGUCUUGGCUCAUCGGUCUCUGCCCGCCCCCGAGGGAGGACCUCGCCCUGAGGAUCGCUCAGCGUAUGAGGCUGGAAGCCACCCAGCUGGAGGGAGUCGCUCGCCGCAUGAUGGUGGAGAGUGACUACUGCUUGUUACUUGCACUUCCAUGUGGCCGUGAUCAGGAGGACGUAGUGAACCAGACAGAGUCUCUGAAAGCCGCUUUCAUCACCUACCUACAAGCAAAGCAGGCGGCGGGCAUCAUCAAUGUACCCAACCCAGGAUCCAACCAGCCGGCGUACGUCCUGCAGAUUUUCCCGCCCUGCGAGUUCUCGGAGAGCCAUCUUUCCCGCCUGGCCCCGGACCUCCUAGCCAGCAUCUCCAACAUUUCUCCUCACCUAAUGAUCGUCAUCGCCCUGGCCUGA